ACUUUUUAUUUAUUCAUUUUGUAGUUUGGCAUCUUUUACUUCCAGCUUCUCCGCCUGAACAGCUACCCACCUCUCUGGGCUGUGCAGAAGACAAACUGUUUUGGCACGUGUGUCUGGAGUAAAUUUUAGAAGUGCAUGUGAAUGAGCAGAUAUUCUCCCCAAUGCCGGACUUGGACGAGACGGUUGAGGCCAUGUGUUAACUUUGGAAAGGCAUCGGCUGGGCAUCGGCGCAAAGAGAGGCCGUCUUUGGAGGAGUGGGAGGAGGUGGCGGUGAGAGGUCUUUGAGGUGAGCCCCCAGUUGUUCCUGUGGCACUGUGAUCUGAGUUAUGGAUGUUGACACAUUCCUGUGGCUCCGCUGAGGGAUAAACAGCACUGGGGGACUACAGCAGAGACGGCCGCAGCGGCGUAGGUUUGACCAACGCCGCCGCCAACUGACAACCGGCAGCCACACAAAUCCAGUCAUCAGUGCCGACUCUCUGUGAUCACUUAACAGCCUCAGUGACAGUUUAGAGCCAAGCACCAGAACAACUUUGAUGGGUAUUUACCACCUACAGUCCCAGUGAGGUUGUGGGUCCCCAGGCGGAGGAGGUUCAGUCCAGGGGGGGUUUCUCCCACUCUUGCUCUCUCUCUCUGCACCCAGCUCAGCAUGCCCCAGCCCCUGAGCAUCUCCACAGCUCCCUCAGCUCCACUACCAUGUGUAGAUGGACAGUGACACAAGGUGCACCGGUCGCCUGGUCCUCCUCCUGCCCCUGCUGCAGAUCUCCUUCACUCCGGCUCUCUUUCACCUUCCUGCUCCUGUUGCUCCUGCUCGUACCAGUGCCGUCCUCAGCCUCGCCUCUCUCCGCAUUAUUGCCAAUAGACUCUGAAAAGAAUGCAUCCAGUGGAGGGACCCCUCCGAACCUCUUUGUCCUGCGCCCAAAACCCUCCUCCUUACCCGCGUUGCUGCAUGCAUCCUCUGCAAGGUUGCCACGAGCGACCAACGUGUCGUCAUCUUCCGCAACAGUUGUCGGGCGCCACGUGCGGAGCAGCUACAACCAUCUACAAGGAGACGUGCGCAGAAGGAAACUGUUCUCCUACCAGAAAUUCUUCUUGCGUAUCGACAAAAAAGGGAAAGUUAACGGCACCAAAAGUGAGGACGAUCCAUACAGUAUUUUGGAGAUCAAGUCAGUGGACGUGGGGGUGGUGGCCAUCAGGGGCCUCAGCAGUAACUACUACCUGGCAAUCAGCAAGAAGGGAGAGCUGUACGGAGCGAGGGACUUUGGUCCAGAUUGUCGCCUGAUUGAGCGCAUCGAGGAGAACAAAUACAACACCUAUGCAUCAGCUGAGUGGCGCAACAAGAAAAAGCAUAUGUUUGUGGGACUCAAUGCCAAUGGCAAGCCAAUGAGAGGGAAGAAGACGCGUAGGAAAAACACAGCAACUCACUUUUUGCCCAUAGCAGUCCAGCCGAGAUGAUUGGACAAAUCAGCCACGGGACGGCUCUGGGUAUUGGACAUUUUUGGAGAUCUACUGUUGGCUAUGUUGGACAGAUCUGAUUCAAAUCUGAAUGAUGCACUGAGGAGGAACAGAAUGGAAAUUUAAAGACAUUAUAUCUCUUCUGGAUAAAGAUAUUUUUGUUUUAAAAGAAAGAAUAAGAUAUAUGGUAUACAAUGCAUAUUUUAUUUUGUUUAAAUUAUGAAAUACUUCAGCACAGCAGAAAAUAUUAAACUAAACAAAAUCUGUGCCAUAAUGUGACUUCUAACUCCGAUUUGGAGAUUUAUUCCAUGUGAAUUUCUUGACUUAGAAGUUAAAGAAGUUAAAAGAAUGGGAGGUGAAAAAAGGAGAAGGAGGUAUUGAUGGAAGAGUGAAGAGUAGGACGGAAGGAGGAAAACUGAGAUGGAAAGAGAUGAGUUAGAAGAAUUAAGUCAACUAAGCACCAACAGAAACAAAGACAAUUGUUUUCUUUAAAAUUAUUUAUUUUGUGUAAUAUUUAACAAAAGAGAAAGCAAAAUGAAAAGGACAAAUUCUUCUCUUUUUUACAUUUAUGCUUUUCUUUUUAAAUAGUAAUCAUUUAAACCUGAAUAAAUGUAAAAAAUACAUAUAUUUGUCUUUAACUUGUUUGAGUUCUUAGAUAUUUUAAACAUUUGAUUAUUGGUUGCUCUAUUGUUAAUACACAGAGGAAAGAUAGAAAUAAACAUGAAUAAAUUAAGCAUUCAAGGAAAUUAUUUAAUGAAUUUAUUCAAGUAAAUUAUUGACUGUACUGUAUUAUGUUUGUCAUUAUUACUAUUAUUAUUAUUAUUAUUAUUAUUAUUAUUACUAAGUAAAGUAUCUGGGAUACAGAUGUACAGCAUGCAGUGAAAUAACAUAUGAUGAAAAUAUAUUAAAAACAACAUACUGGACAUAAA